AUGCAGGACCUGAACCACACCUCCGACUUCGAAAUGCCAAAUUUGGCCGACUUCGACAUCUUCGGCCCCAAUGCGUCGAUGCUGCAGAACCUUCGCGACACCUCAGCCUCAAACCGCCGGCGUUCCAGCUACGUCGUGAUGAACUACAACCAAUACAGCAGCAAUCAGGAUCCUCAAGGCAUCUGGAAUCCCUACAAGAACGCCAAGAAUGAGUUUCACAACUAUUGUGGCUCGAAGGGCGAGCCGGUGACGCUCGGGCAGCUCUAUAACGACGUGUCCGUCACUUGCAGCGGAUAUUAUACCGGCCAUGACAACUGUGGGUAUGCCACCUGCGGUCAAGGUGAGGUCAUUGAGCAGAUCGCUUUUGGCCGGACCGCGACAAGCGGCAAUCAUCCGGUUCUCACCUUGCGGUGCCGUGCAAUUUGCGGCAUCAAGCUCGAGCAUGGUUGCUACUGGACUGCUGGAUCGCAUCAAACGGCCUCGGGCUUCUGGACGAAAGAAAGGCGGAACGGUCAUAAUUGGGAAGGUCCUGCAGUGGAUGGGCCAGCUUGGGUCUACAUGGAUGUCAAUUGGUGGGGCUGGGCUACAGACCCUCGAAGGGAACCUCUCUUGGUACAUCACCAGAGCGAUCGAGUUCUUACAGGGAUGGCCUACUUUACGAAGGAAGGCUGGAUGCUUCGAUGGUGCAAGACGGGGCCUGUGAAUGCGCACCACUCCACCAACUUUCCCUGGCAGAGUGAGAUCAACAAGGAUCCGGACAUUGAUAUGCCCCGACUUCCCGUUACUAACUGGAUGGUGUACCAGAGGGUCGAGAGUAACAGGCACUUCUGGGACCAUUUCUUUGCUCACCACUGGUCCUUCGCAUACCAGCAGCAGCGGCUCUACUGCACCGAUACUCCCGUGUUUGGCCCCGGCUGCAGCGCUUGCGAGGCGGGAACGGUUCCCGUGACCCCCGGCUCGGACCAAUGCGUCGCCUGUGGCACCGGCCUCUACACGGAUAGGAAGGGCUGGCCUUCGUGCAAAGUCUGCCAGGUGGGCUACGAGACUCGCCGUCGGAGGGCGCAAAGCUGCGAGCCGUGUGCAGCGGGCAGGUACCAAGAUGCCUUUCUGGUCGCGCAAGGUCUCAGCUGCAAGAGCUGUCCAGCCGGCCACUUCUCCGAUGCUGGCGCCGCCGUGUGCACCGCCUGUUCCAGCGGGAAGUUCGCCGCCAACGCGGGGCAGUCGGAGUGUGAGACGUGCUCCCCGGGGACUCAGUCUUAUCCCGCGGCUACGGCGUGCUUCAGCGACUGCCCGUGCAGUCAGGCAUUCAACUGCAGCUGUAGUUUCGGGCAGCGCCUCUCCUACAACGUCACCGUGCCUGUUGCUCCGAAAGGAACACAGUACAAAGUCCGGAUGAAGUUUAUCGGGGACAAGAUCAGCUCCUGUCGUCUGAUGGACAAGCCCGUGACGGAUCUCAACAUGAACAGCUCCUGCGACGAGGCGAUGGAUGCGACCGGAUCGAACUACAGCGGGUGCCAAGACAGGACCACCUCCGGACGCUUGUGCUUGGCCUGGAGCGCCCGUCUGACCGAGCUCGAGGACAGGAUGGGAAGGGCGCUCAACCAGAGUGAGAGAAUGGUCGCGGGCCUCGAGUCGAGCUUCUGUCGCAAUCCCGACAACUCUUCAACCAUUUGGUGCUACGUUCAGGAUGAUGAGGUGGCGUGGGAGUAUUGCCAACCGAAGGUUGAGCGUGUCUUCGAGACAACCAUGAGGCUCCUGGGCCUGGGCUCGGCCACGAUUCGCCUCUCCGGCGAUCGAGAGACCUGUCGGGGUCUGCAGGAGUUUUCGGUGCUUCAUCCCAUGAAGGCAACCUGGGGUACGUGCCGAAGCAGUGCAAGUCGAGACACCUGGCGCAUCCUGCCCGUGGCCGCAUCGCCAGGAAGAGUUUUGCUUCAGUUCACUGGCAAUGCUCGGCACUUGUGCGCUGGCCAGGAUGGCCAAAUGCUCGACUGCUACGAGCACGACCUGAACCAGCUGGUGCCUAUGGAAUCUCUCCACGAAAGUAUCAGCCAAUGGACCAUGAAAGAGCAUGGGAACGUGGAGCACCGCUGUGGUAUUGAAGACCAUUCCACCUGCUCUCCAGUUACUGUCAGCUCGAAUGGCAACCCCUUGAAGCUCUUGGUCUCGAUGGGGAAGGUGGGAGAUCCAGUCGGCCAGCACUUCCUGUCCAAGGUGCAGCUGAAGAACACCUCAGUGCCCGGCCAGUUCCGCUACAGCUAUUGGAUGGCCAGCGGCGUCUUUGAUUCUGCGAAUUGCUAUGACCUGCAGACAGACUGCGUCCAGGCCACAGACUCGGAGCUCUACCAGCUUGAGGCGCAUCGCGUUCAAUGUGGCAGAGGCCAAGCUCUGCAAUCGGUGGCCUUCCAAACGUGUCCUCAGGGGUACCAGUAUGCUUAUCGCUGCUGCGACUUGCACGGCAUGGGCGGUUGCGAUCUCGAGCUGACGCCAUGGACGAAGCGCGAGCCUUCGGUUCAAGGACGCAUCGAGGCCUUGGCGAAGCACGUGAUGAGCUGCAAGGACUUCCAGUUACCAUAA